GUCGUCCGCGAGGUCGUCGACGCGACGGACACGAUAGACGUGCACACGCACCUCUUCCCGCCGAGCCACGGCGACCUCUGCGCCUACGGCAUCGACGCGCUCCUCACGUACCACUAUUUAGUGUCCGAGUUCUUCAUGGUCGCGCCCAUGGACCUGACGCACGCGCGCUUCUUCGCCAAGUCGAAGCGCGCGCAGGCGGAUCUCGUCUGGGACGGCCUGUUCGUCCGACGGACGCCUCUGUCGGAGGCCUGCGUCGGCGUGCUGACGACCCUGGCCGCCUUCCCCGAGCUGCGGCCCGCCCUCGACCCGCCCCUGACGGCCGCGUCGCUCGUCCCGAUCCGCGCGUUCUUCGACGCCGCGGAUCCCGCGGAACACGCGACGCGCGUGCUCGCGAUGGCCGGCGUGAAAUACGUCGUCUGCACGAACGUGCCCUUCGACGCGCGCGAGGCGCCGCGCGACGCCGCGGAAACCUCGCAGUUCCGCACGGCGCUGCGCGUCGACGCGCUCCUCAAGGGCGACUGGGCGACGAUCGCCGCGUCGCUGGCCCAGCGGGGCCUCCCGGAGACCCUGGCCGGCGCGCGGACCUUUCUGAAGGCCUGGGCGAAGCGCUACGGCGCCGUCUACCUCAUGGCGUCGUCGCCCGCGGACUUCGCGUACCCCCGGGACGAACCCAAACAACCGGGCUGGCCGUCGGCGACGGCGCUCGUCGACGACGUGCUCGUGCCCGUCGCGCGGGAGCUCCGGCUGCCGUUGGCGCUCAAGCUCGGCGCGCGGCGCGGCAUGAACCCGGACCUCGACCCCUGCGGCGGCGGCGACGGCGUCGUCGUCGCGGACGGCGGCCCGCUCGUGGACCUGUGCUCGCGGAACCCGGACGUCAAGUUUUUAGCGACGUUUUUGAGUCGGGUGAACCAGCACGAGGCGGCGGUCAUGAGCCAGAAGUUCCGCAAUUUGCACGUCUACGGGUGCUGGUGGUACUGCAACAACCCGUCGAUCAUCGGAGAGAUCACGCGCAUGCGCCUCGAGCUCUUAGGCACGGCCUUCACGGCCCAGCACAGCGACUGCCGCGUCCUCGAGCAGCUCAUCUACAAGUGGGCCCACUCGCGGCGCGUCGUCGCCGACGCGCUCGCGGACCAGUACGAGCAUCUCGUGCGGACGGGCUUCACGCUCAGCCGCGCGGCCGUCGAGCGCGACGUCGAGGCGCUCCUCGGCGGCGCCUACGAGGCCUUCCUCGCCAAG